AUGGAAUCAUUCCCGGAGGAGAUAGCUCACUUCAUGUUUCAACCUCCUGCUAAGCCAAAUUUUGAACGUUCACAGCAAAAACAAAUGAAGAUCUUCAACUGGGUGCACCGCAGGUUUAAUCACAAAGACGGAUUUGGAGGAGAUGUGAAGAAGUCCGAGUUUGUCUCUACUGGGACUGAUAGGCAAGCCCUACUCGGACAAGUCGUCGUCCUUGCUGAUGUGCUUGAUGGCUGGAGGGAAGGUGUUCUCACUAUUGGCACAUUUGGGUUUGAUCCAUUAAAAGAUUUCAAUCAACACAAGGAGUGGCCGCCAAUCACUGACAGAAGUACUGAUAAAGACAAUGAGGAAGAAGAAGACGAAGAACAAGAAGCAUAUUCCAUUGACAGUGACUCUGAAAACAAUGAUUUGGAAGAUGAAGCCAAUCCACUGGUGUUUACAGCACUUAAACGGGGUUUGGGGAAAGAUCACAUUGGUUCAGAUUGUGACCAAAAUGGUCCCAAGUUGGUUGAUCUGAUCACUAUAAACAACAUCAUUGACAGCAUUAAUCCUGUUUCUCCAAGACCUCAUGAUCAGGAACAUGGUUUCAACUCAAACUUUUUGGAGUAUGAUAAGAUGAAAAAGAAAGAGAGAACUACUCUUGCAGACUUGUUCUCGGCUGAUGCUGAUGCUGAUGUGCACGCAAAGCCCGAUCAGGUGAAAAUUCUGCAAGAAAUUAGUAAGAAGCCAGCUCCUCAUGCCAAGAACGGCCUCUCAUUUGCCAAGAAGCUCAUUCCUCGAGUCGGAGAGGAUUCGCGUCCCAUCCAAAAACUUCAUCGAUUGAUGACAAAAAUGUUGAAGAGGAAGAUCCAUCCAGACCUUGAAGGCAAGAUUCAAACAACACACAGUGGGACUAAGCCGAGUGUAGUGGGACUUGUUGUUGAGGAAUAUGAACCAAAUGAAUCAGUUUCUCUUCUUCAAACUCAAGAUGGUAUCGUUUAA